AACACAAAGACAACUUCAUCUGACACUAUAAACCGUAGAUACACACAUAUAUCGCCGGCCGUCUGAAACCCACCACCACCGAUCCGAGCAUUAUCCGAUGGGUUCAAAAGUCAACGCCCCAGUUGACCAAAUCUGCAUAAACAACAAGCUAACAGACGAUGAGCUCAUCUCUAUACUCUCAAAACUAGAGACUCAAAAAGACAAGGAAGUGUUUGGAUUGGUGUGUAAGAGAUGGCUCUUCUUACAGAGCAGUCAGAGGAGGAAGCUUUGUGUCCGUGCUGGGCCCCACAUGCUUCAGAAAAUGGCUGCCCGUUUCACCAAUCUUCAUCAUCUUGAUAUGUCUCAGUCUGUGAACAGAUCUUUUUACCCGGGUGUCACUGAUUCUGAUCUUUCUGUGAUUGCUUCUUCUUUUGGGUGUUUGAGGAUUCUUGAGCUUAGGGACCUUAAAGGUAUUACUGAUAUCGGGCUGGCAAAAAUUGGGUCAUUUCUUCCUCAUCUACAGUUCUUAGAUGUAUCUAACUGCAAAAAGCUAACAGACAAGGGGUUGGCAGCUGUUGCUAAGGGCUGUCCUAACUUGAAGAGUUUACAUGUUGGCGGUUGCAGAUAUGUUACGGAUGCACUACUGAAAGCUCUUUCAAUUCAUUGUCACAAUUUAGAAGAAUUGGUUUUGCAAGGUUGCACCUGCAUCACUGAUUCUGGACUGGCCUUUCUGGUUAAGGGGUGUCAAAAGAUAAAGUGUUUAGACUUCAGUAAGUGCAACAAUGUCGGAGACACUGGGAUAUGUGGUAUAUCAAAAACUUGCGCGGCUUCUCUUAAGAUAUUGAAAUUGUCAGAUUGUUAUAAACUGGGAGAUGAAUCUAUGUUAUCAUUGGCGAAAUAUUGCAAUAAUCUCGAGGUUCUCAUUAUUGGUGGCUGCAGGAACUUAUCUGAUAAGUCAAUUAAGUUGGUGGCUACUGCCUGUAGCGUCAAUCUAAAGAUACUUCAGAUGGAUUGGUGUUUGAAUGUUUCGGACUCUUUAGUGAACUGCAUUCUAUUGCAAUGCAGAAGUUUGGAGAUUCUUGACAUUAACUGCUGUGAUGAAGUGACUGAUGCAGCUUUCCAGGGAUUAGGUAGUGAAGGAUCUGAAUUAAGUUUGAAGAUUUUAAAGGUCAGUAACUGUUCGAAGAUUACCGUGGUGGGACUAGGCAUGCUUUUGGGGUCGUGUAAAACUCUAGAAUAUCUUGAUGUUAGGUCAUGCCCCCACAUUCAGAAAUCUGUUUGCGAUGAGGCUGGUUUGCAGUUCCCUACUUGUUGUAAAAUAAAUUUUUCUGGGAGUUUAGCAGAACCUGCUGUGUUGAUAUGACGUCAACAAGAGAACGCCCUGUGAAGGGAGAAUUCCCUUUGUAACAUAUUCACUCAAUUGUUGAUUUCGGUGGAUGGAGAAUGAGUUACCUCAGUACUUGAUAUUGGCUUUCUGUACAGUUGAUCAUCUGCCACUUGACAAUAUAUCUCAGGCUGUGUAUGUUCAUUUUCUGUCCAUUGUUUUGCUCUCUUACUAUUUGCCGUCGACUUUCUUGUUUCAAUUGUUUGUUUAUUAAAUCUGAUAGCGAGUUGUACCAUUAUUCUUUACUGGAUUUGAUGCUAUAACUUUCAUUUGGUCUA